AUGAGGUAUACUGCCAAUAAUCAGAUGGACAGUGAUGAGGGGGAAGGGGGGAUGUCCUUUGAAGUGAAGAAGAAUGAGAAAGCAGAAGAUAACUACAUAGUCAAGGAAGAACUUGGCAAGGGGAAAUUUGGCAUCGUCUACCGAUGUGAGGAGAAGUCUACCGGUAAGACAUGGGCGGCCAAGUACGUGAAGACGAUCAGGGCGAAAGACAGAGAGGCCGUCCAACGGGAGAUCGACCUCAUGGCCGAACUCGAACAUCCUUCUCUGAUGGCCCUCAUCGAUGCCUACCAAUCAUCCAGACAAACUGUCAUGAUUCUUGAAUGUAUUACUGGAGGAGAAUUAUUCGAGCGGAUAGUGGACGAUAAGUUUGACCUCACAGAGAGCGAGGUCAUCAGCUACAUGAGACAGAUCUGCGCAGGCGUACAGCACAUGCAUCACAAUAACAUCAUGCAUCUUGAUCUAAAACCGGAGAAUAUCAUGUGUGUGAACCGAACGGGCUUUCAACUCAAGAUUAUCGACUUCGGAUUGGCUAGGAAGUACGAACCUAACAAUGAGCUCAAGGUUUUGUGUGGAACGCCAGAGUUUGUUGCCCCUGAAGUAAUCAGCUUUGACGCUAUAACCCCACUUACAGACAUGUGGAGUGUUGGGGUCAUCUGUUAUGUUCUACUGAGCGGAUUGUCACCUUUCCUUGGAGACUCGGAUACAGAGACUUUGAACAACGUCACAGUGGGCGAGUGGGACUUUGAAGACGAGGCAUUUGAUGGUAUCUCCAACGGGGCAAAAGAGUUUAUCUCAAGCUUACUGGUCAAAGAUCAAAGAGAUCGUAUGAGUGUUGAUGAAUGCUUCAGACACGCCUGGUUAAGUGAAAUCAGUACACGGACCAAAGCCUGCGAGACCAAACUAUCCACUGCAAGACUCAAGAAAUUUUUAGCAAGAAGACGCUGGCAGGUAGGUCUCAUCCAUCUCAUUUUGUGACUAAACUUAGUGACAUGAUACACAUCAUAUCAGUUUGUUCACUUACUCCUCAUAAUGAAAAUAACAAUAAUAUGUCCACUCCUCUUCUUUUUGGAUUCUAUAAUUACCAUGGCCGUAACUGAGUGUCAUACAGGCGCGAAAGAAUUCAAGGAUUAUAUCCUACCGGUUUACCAUUCAACUCCCCUGGGUUGAGUGCAGCAUGAUGUGGAAAAAAUUAUUGCUAAAAUAGGAAAUUAUUAGGAUUCGAACCUGCUAUCCUCUGAUUGAAAGGCAGGAUUUAGAACCUCUAAAUCAUGACGCUUCCCCUCCUCUGUCACAAUUAACAUCUUAAAAUCACCAAUAUUAAUCUAAAGUUUCUUUUAGAAAUGAUGAUUGCCUUAGUUAUCAUUUCAUGGCUCCUUGUAACAUGUGUAAUGCGAGAGUAGAAGUAAACGCUAUUUUUACUGUUGUUUAUUUAGCCAACAUACAUGCAUGGCAAGAAGAAACGAUUAAUUCAGCAAAGUUGUUUUCGUACAUGUUUUGCUUUUUAUUCCGACUGAAAAUAAACAUCUAUGAUAUUUGCGAACCUGACGUUUAUUUUAAACCUACUUAUCGUGUGGAAAAAAUGUUUUUACCAAAAAUGCAUUAAACUUUUCACUCGUUUCCUCUUUUAGGGUGGUUUUUUGUUACUGUUGAAAGAGUCGGGUUUUUAUUGAAUCACGUCAAAUCGCCUAUUACUCUCCAAUUGUAUUUGAAAUUCUAUUUCAAUAAAUAGCUUGUACAACCGUUCGAACAAACACAAUUUUACUUCUAUUUCAGGCAUAAUAAUGACUCACACCGAGUUUGUCUAGCCGCUAUACAGGUGCAGUUUGUCCCCAUUAAUAUGAUAGGGACAGAUCGUGGUAGAUAAUUGAUUGCUUAUAGACAUUUGUGAAGGAUUGUCAAUACGUUGAUUGCUUCUUAAUAUAUCUUUCUGUCAUGAUAAUGUAUUGGAGCACUGUUCUGAGUAGCCAUUCAUGUUUCAAUUGAGCAGGAAUUGAUGUUUAGAUUUCACAUGCACGAUAUGUUUCUUAUUGUAUUCGCCUGCACUCAAUUACCAAAAGCACUCGUGAUUUUGUUUGAAUAAAAAUAAUUAUACAUAAAAAUAAUGUUUUAGUAAGCAUGAUAGAUGAUAAGAUAAUUUCAUAAUCAAAUCUUCUGCAUUAUAUCAUAGACAAAACACAUGUUACACAAAAUAAAGGUUUCGGGAGGGGGAAGAGGAAGUCAGUCUUGUUCGAACAGUCCUUAAUCGACUUCGU